AUGUUGGAUUUUGUACGAGUUUGCGAAGUUGGCAUCGACAAGGCACGAGAUGUAGUCGUCAAGUUACUUGACCUGAAGGAUGAAUCAACAAGAAGUGUGGUGCUGUGUGGACGUGAUGGCAUAGGGAAGACAACCCUGGCGAGCGCUGUCUUCAGCUCUCUGGAGCUCAAUGACUACAAACACUGCAGAAUCAACAUUCAGCGAGACUGUUCAGAGUGUGAUCUUAAGCAGCUACAAGAGCAGGUUUUAAAAGAUUUGUUUGGGAAAAAGAUUGAGAUAUUGAAUUGUGAAGAGGGUAAAAAUCAUCUAUCAAAAUUGUUUAGAGAAGCAACCUCUCAGCCUGUCUUUUUGUUUAUAGACAAUACUUUGAGACGAAGUGAUCUUGUCAAACUUCUUCCAGAGGACCUUUCUUGCCUUCCAAAUCGAAGCAGGAUACUAAUAACUACAAGAAAGCUAGAAGAGACUGACAUGAUCGAAGAUGCAGGUGUCAAGCGCUAUGAAUAUAUCGUAAACCCUCUUUCAGAAGAAGACUCAAAGAAGUUUCUGUGCUUGAAGGCUUUAGGCAGUGUUGACAAAAGUUUCGACAAAAGCUUAGAUAUUGAUGGUCUUUUGGAAAUUUGCCGUGGCUUGCCUCUAGUUUUGGAGAUGGUAGCCUCAAAAUUGCUUAAACUUGGCAAUGAUGUCCGUGCAUGUAAAAGAACUAUAGAAUUUCUUAAGGAUACCCUACCGAAAAGUGAGAGAGACUUGAGUGAAAAAACAGUUGAUGUGGUCUACAACACUCUGGAAAAAGAUUUGUACAAAGAUGCAUUUCUAGAUAUAACAGCAUUUUUCAAUAACUGGGAUGAGCGGAUGGUUGGCUACAUUGUUGGAGAGGAAGCGCUUCAAGCAGUAAAAGAGGCAGCCCUGGUAAAGAUUACUGAAGAAGGGAAAGUUAUUGUACACGACAUCGUUCGAGCACGAGGAAGAAAGUUGUCAGAAGGGGAUAGAAUAACUGACCACAAAUCCCUUAAAUGGGCUCUGGAGGAUACACAGAGGAUUGAAAAAUUGAAAGGUAUUUGGCUUCGUCCUCCUGAUGAUUCCCACGAAUUUCAGCUUGAAGCAAAAGAUUUGGAAUUGAUGAAUAGAUCAUUAAGAAUUUUGCAUUUAGGCGAAAGAAACAGGUUGGAUGGAGAAAGCAAGGAAAUCUUUCCAAAUCUAAGGUUGCUUCAUAUCACUGGUCAUUUUGGAAUGGAAUUGACAAUGCUUGAAAGACUGGCAGUUCUGCAAGCUGAUUUAGAGAGCUCCGAGGAGUUACCUAAUUCUCUCUGUGUUCCCUCAUUGAGAAUACUUAAUUUAACAGGGAGUAAAUUAGCUUGCCUUCCAAACAUUUUGGGCCAGCUUACUCGUUUGGAAGAGUUGAAUAUAAGUCGCUGUAAGCAACUGUCUAGUCUUCCAGACGGAUUCGGUCAGCUCAAGUCUCUCAUGUACCUGCACAUGUCGGGGUGCUCUAAUCUGCGGUAUAUUCCUGAUGAUUUCGUAUAUUCCUAA